GGCGUGACGGCGGGCAUGGGGCGCGCGGAGGAGAGCGCGUCGCCGAAAGAUUUCAGGCGUCUUGGCAUUGUACUGGUAGAUGGAGAUCAUGUCGAACCUCGACGGGAGCCCCAACGGGACCGCACCACCACUCGCCCGCCCGCCUGCACCCUCGCCCGCCCGCCUGCACCCUCGCCUGCCCGUCUGCACCCUCGCCCGCCCGUCUGCACCCUCGCCCGGCCGACCGCUCUCUCGUCGCCUCGCACAGCCACGGACUGACUGCAGCAGGCGCGCCUGGCACUCGGACAGUCGCCGCUCCACGCCCCCGUCGCCCGCCAUGGGCCGCUACAGCCUCGCUCCCCUGCGCGUGCGGUCGACCGCAAAGGCCCUCUUCGACGCGAAGCGCACCGCGACCCUGCCGCAGUGGUACGACAUUGUCGGCGACAUUCCCGCGGGCGAGACGCUCGCCCGCCCGGUCCUGCAGGCCCCAAAGGUCAAGGGCGCGAAGAAGGCCAGCAGGCUGUUCAAGCCGCUGCCCAUUGUGUACCCGGAAGACAGGCUGCGCUCAGACUUCUUCGGCGACCACCCGUGGGAGCUGGCGCGGCCAAGACUGGUCGUCGAGGACUCGGGGAACGACGCCAAGGGCUACGACUGGUCCAAGAUCCAGCAGCGGGGGAAACAGCUGGACGGCGAGAGUGUCGUCCAGCGCCAGAUGUGGCUCAUGCAGAACAGACGCAUAACCAAGGCCGCCGCAUACGACCAGGCCCGCCGCGAGUUCUACCACCACCGCCACCUGAACGAGAUCCGCACUCGCAUCGCGAGGGAGGAGGCCAUUCACGUGGGCGCCUACUUCGGCAAGGGCCCGCUCGAGGUCGGCGUCGAGCUCGAGGACAAGGCCUGGGAGAGCUGGAAGGCCUGGGCCAACCAGCAGAUUGAGGAGGAGGCGAGCAUGCGCGCCCAGAUGUUCUCUGGCCCGCAGAACGAGGACGCGGGCGUCUCCGAUCUGACCACCGCCGAGUAUGACGAUGCCGUCACAGAGCUCGACAGCCAGGCCGCCAUCGCGCCAGGGACAGCAGCGUCGAGAGCCGGCGCUCCCGCGCAUGCAUGAGGGGGGGUUGACUAUGUGUACUGAUAUUGUGUGUUUGUGUAGAUGUAUCCACAAAUGCUGGCUACGACUAUGUGUACUGAUGUUGUGUGUUUGUGUAGAUGUAUCCACAAAUGCUGGCUACAACUAUGUGUACUGAUGUUGUGUGUUUGUGUAGAUGUAUCCACAAUUGCUGGCUACAACUAUGUGUACUAGUAUUGUGUGUUUGUGUAGAUGUAUCCACAAAUGCUGGCUACGUGCUGGCAACACAUCCAUCCCCUCUUCUUGCACCGAGGAAGCAACGUCGUCGAACGAGUCACACCAAACACAAC